UGUUACAUAUCAGCCCUGCCCCACUACAGCAGCUGCCUGGUGGCAGCUGCUACUGCCUAAACAGGCAAUGUUUUCAUUUGUGUAUAAAGAGCUGCACGACUCAGUGCAUCUUGUCAUUGAGUUCUUGCUCCUUAGAUAAUUCUCAUCAAUUCACUGGUGCCAUCAAUGAUCCCUGUGGAGCCAAUUGUCUGACAUUCCUACUGUCCUAGGCCGGGUAUGGUUACUCCAAAUUCAGCUCACUCUCAGCAAGGUCGCGGGCAGAACCCCCCGCUUCCCCACAUCCCAGACUCAUCAUCGCGAUAUCACUUAUCUCCAAUAUCAAAGCCAAACUAGAUUUGAUACGCCUCCCCAGCAAGCUACAUCAAAUGUCAGGCGUCGCUCAAGCAACCCAUGUCCUCGGCUGGGACAUACUGGAGAAACUCUGUGCCACAGACACGUCGGCGAAAGGCGUCUGUAUCUCCCCACUCUCAAUUGCAACUGCCUUGGCGAUGCUAGCAGGUGCAGCCGACGUUGACCAAAGAGAUGAGCUGUGCCGAAAAAUAGGUUUCAGUAAUCUUUCGGAGCUCUCGGGUUCUUUCAAAGCUCUCGUUGCCGUGUUCAGCGCCGACCAAAUGGUGACAAUGGCGAACGUCGCCUUUGCCGAAUCCGACGUCGACUUUUAUCCAGCUUACACCCAGUUCCUCAACUCUUUUGGCGCCCAUGUCACGAGAUUCCCUAGCUUGCAGGAGGCAGCCGGGGAGAUAAACACCUGGAUCUCCGACAACACGCGAGGUUUGAUCAAGGACAUGCUCUCUCAAGAAGAUUUGGACCAAGUCCACAUCGCGCUCAUCAAUGCGCUGGCUUUCAAGGGAACGUGGAAGACCAAGUUCGACCGAAAGCUCACCCAAAAAAAAACUCCAUUUUUCGUAACGGAAACCGAAGUACGCAAGGUAGACAUGAUGUUCAGCCACAAGGAGAAGAUCGCCACGGCAAAGGGACCUGGCUACACAGCCGUCAGACUCCCGUAUGCAGCGGCUUCGCCAUCCGCCAGUAUGUCUCUCGUAGCGUAUCUGCCCGACAAAGGCACGUCAUUGGAACAACUCGUGCGGGCCAUGGACCGCGGCCGGUCGCCUUUACCUUUCCGCGUCAAAAAGUACGACAAGUUCGGCUUCCCCAAGUUCAACCUCGACAGCAGCCUAUCGAUCCUGUCCAUGCUGCUCGAGCUCGGCUUCCCCGUGGCGGGCGAUUUCUCGGAGAUGACGCGGGGAAGAAACCAGCUGCAAGCUAUUAUCCACAGAGCCAUUAUCAAAGUUGAUGAGGAAGGUACCGAGGCCGUUGCGGCUACGGCCGUUCUCAUGACGAGGAGCCGAGCACCCGAUCCCGAAAUUCUGGUGUUUGACAGGCCGUUUGCAUUUUCCAUUUGCUUAGAUGAAUCAGGUACCGUGGUCUUUACGGGGCUUUUCUUUGGACGGUAGCGCAGGUACACGAGAGACCAAUACAUGACAGGGAGGAUGAGUACGUCACUUUUUAC